CUCUUUGAGCGGGACCGCGGGCCGGUGGUGGGCGCUGCGCUCGGUCAGGAUGCCCAAGGCCGGGGAGCUGGCGGAAGCGAGCGGUUCGGAGAGCGGCCUGGAGGAGGACGAGAAGAAAAGAAAGAAUGAAGAGUCUUCCAAGUCAGAGAAAAGGCUGAAAACUGAGGCCAAACCUUCAAGGGUGAUAGAAAAACCUGUGGGACAAGGCAGUGAAGAGGAGGGCAUGUUCCAGAUCGGGAAGAUGCGUUAUGUCCGAGUGUCCUGCUUCAGGGGGAAGGCCCUCGUGGACAUCAGGGAGUUCUACACUGACAAGGACGGCAGCAUGAAACCGGGGAGGAAAGGGAUUGCCCUGUCUGCAGAACAGUGGAACCAGCUGAAGGAGAUCGUUCCCGAGAUUGAUGAUGCAGUCAAGAAAUUAUAAGAUGAAGAAUCUUGGACACCUUCAGUCUGUUUCCUUUCCCUUAAGUGCAUUGACAACUAUAAGGCCAGUGAUUCUUGUCUGGAGCCUUCCCCUCACCUUGCUGGGGUUUCCUCACUGAGGUGGUGGUCACGCUGAAGAAACCAGAGACCCUUCUAUUUUCAGGAAGUAGCUUGUAAUGAGCAGCUGGAACUAGAGCCAGCACUGUGAAGCAAGACCUCAGCAUCUGUGGUCUCAAGCACUUCUGAGGUCUGUGCUGGUGAGGGACAUCACCUCAACCUGUCUUUCUAGGGGUGGAUGGCUUUGGUCUACCUUGUGGAGUGCUUUAACUGCUCUGCAUGGGUUACUGUCAUCCACUUAGUUGACAGUUGAGUAAGAUGGUUUGCAUACCUCAUGUUGGCACCCACUGUGUUUCCUCCACAUGUCCAUUCCGGCUCUUUCAAGUCCUUUCUGUGUUGGUGAGGGUUGUUUGGUGGUUUUGGGGUGGCUGUUUUUCUGAGUGAAGAAAGGGAUUAUUUUACUUUAGCAACUGGUUUGUCUGUAAAGGGUGAAUAUGCACAAUAAAGGUGUUUGCAUUAUAAAAAGCAGA